AUGUUACGUCUUUCAAUAAUUGGGUGUUUAAUUGCUGGGGUUUUUACUCAAUCAUUUAAUGCUAGACAAUGUCCUCAUAUACCUGUUGAGCCAGUUGAUCCAAAUAGAAUGGUCGGAGAAUGGUGGGAGUAUCAGCGUAGUAGCAAUAAUUGGGAUAAUGUAGAGAGCUGUGCGAAAAUGUAUUGGAAUAAAGUUGAAAAUGGUGUAUUAAAAGUCGUUUUUACUGAUAUUUCCUCGCUAAUCAACGAUAACUCAACAGUUGCAUCGGAAAUAGCUAUGGAAAAUAACGCCCUGUAUGUAACUGUGCAUUUACCAAUUUUGGGACCUAUAAAAAAAAAGCACUACGUACUUGAGACAGAUUAUGACAACUAUGCAAUAAUGUGGGCCUGUGAAUAUCAAGGAUCUCAAUACACUACUUUCGCUUGGGUCAAGACACGAGACAGAUUCCCGAAAUUCGAUAUCGAUCGUAUAGUCAGAAGAGCAUUUUUGAAGAGAGGUCUACCCCUUGUACCAAUGACCACUAUUAAUCAAGAUAAUUGUCCAGAAAGAAUUUGUUAUCUGUCUAAUUAA